CUGUGAAAGCGUCCGCGAAGCAUUGUGGGAGCGGCUGAGGCGGUAAAAUGGCGGACCUGGCAAACGAAGAAAAGCCUGCUAUAGCACCUCCUGUCUUUGUGUUUCAGAAGGAUAAGGGACAGAAGAGAUCAGCUGAUGGUUCCAGUCCAGAGCAAGAAGAUUCUGACAGAGAAGAUAGCAGUUACUGCCCACCUGUAAAAAGAGAGCGAACCUCCUCCUUUUCACAGUUUCCUCCUUCACAGUCUGUGACGAAGAACAAUGUCUUCAUGCCAUCUAGCUUCUGUCAACCCUCCACUGGUAAUUCUGACUCUGAGCCAGAGGAGAAAUGCAGUGGAUUCAGGCUAAAACCCCCCACCCUUAUUCAUGGACAAGCACCUAGUGCAGGUCUUCCAAGCCAGAAACCUAAGGAGCAGCAGCGCAGUGUUCUGCGUCCAGCAGUAUUACAAGCUCCACAGCAGAAGACCUUUUCGGCACCUGGCUUCAGUAGUGGAACAAAUGGCAUCAGUCUGUCUUCUGAACCCUCAGCUUCCUGCCCAGAUGCUCCAGCAGAAAGCCCAUCCAUACAUCAGAUAAACUCUGAUGCUGAUAGAAAAGACAGCAAUGCACAGACAGAGUCUUGUAUUGUAAAAGACUCCAGUGAAGACUCAGAACAGGGUGAGCAGAAGACACAACAGUCCUUCGUCUUUGGGCAGAACGUGCGUGACAGGGUAAAACUUGGAGUGCAAAGUAAAGAUUCACCUGAUGAUGAGAAAGUGGGGUCCCAAGGUGUGGAUGCCCCAGCACAGACCAAUUACUUUCUACAGUACAUCAGCUCAAGUCUAGAGAACUCUACGCACAAAUCUGAAGCAGCCAGCAACAAGUUUGUAUUUGGACAGAAUAUGAUUGAGCGAGUUCUGAGUCCACCCAAAGCAGAGCCAAGCUCUGACAGCAACAAGGAGAAUUCUGUUUUAGAGAGUGGGUCUGAAAGUUCUUCACUGGACAACACUCCAGAAAAAUCUAAUAAUAUCUCAGAAUCCCUGGAAGAGUCUGCAGCUGCCUACACAAAGGCUACUGCAAAAAGAUGUUUGCUGGAGAAAGUUGAGGUUAUCACAGGAGAGGAGGCAGAGAGCAAUGUAUUGCAGAUUCAAUGCAAAUUGUUUGUGUUCGAUAAAGUGUCGCAGUCCUGGGUAGAGAGAGGUCGAGGUCUCUUAAGGCUGAAUGACAUGGCCUCCACAGAGGAUGGCUUACUACAGUCCCGUCUGGUUAUGCGCACGCAAGGUAGCCUGCGGUUAAUUCUUAACACUAAACUCUGGGCGCAAAUGCAAAUAGACAAAGCCAGUGAAAAAAGCAUCCGCAUCACUGCCAUGGACACAGAGGACCAAGGUGUUAAAGUUUUUCUGAUAUCGGCAAGCUCUAAAGAUACUGGACAGCUUUUUGCUGCAUUACAUCACCGCAUCCUUGCUUUAAGGAGUCAUGUUGAGCAGGAGGCUGAAAUAAAGUGUCCAGAACCUGUUAGGGAAGUGGCCCAGUCCAUUGAAGAGGACAGUGAUGAUGAUGACGAUGUCCUCACCCCCUCAGGGGCAAAUGUUGGAGCACCCGGUGACGAGGGAGACAAGCUACCAGCAUCCAGUACAUAGCACCCACCUCUUACAACAGCUCCCCUUUAACCUCAUUGGGUGAUAGUCCACCGCUCCCUUCUAACCUUAUGGAGUAUUGAAGACCAGCUCCUAAAAGCAAGGCAGAGCUUAAGGACACAGACUUCUCACCCAUCCCCUGGAACUGCUAUUUUUUUUUUUUUUUUUUUUCACGUUAAAUCAGAAUAAACAUACUUUGGGUUCCUAUCAAGGUAUUUUUAUUUUUCUUCCCCCUGAAGAUGUUACACGUGGAAUCCAUCCAAUCUUAUACAUGAAGAGCUUUUGCCUGGAUGUCUGAGGAUAUAACCGCUCAUCAUAUUGAUGAGCCAAAGAAAAUUUCCACCUGCCCCACCACCCUCUUGUAACUGAAGUUGACAGCAAAGACAAUACCAUCAUUCAAAAAUGUAAUUUUCUUUUUAUAUAAUGAAAUGUUGCCUCAGUCUUUUCCUAUUGCGUCCCCCCAACCUCCAAAAAAAAUCUGUGUGUGUAAAUAUAUGUAUAAAUUUUUUUCAUGCCCUUCAUUGCUUUUAUUUUUGGAUUCUUGACCAGGACCUACCCAUUUUCUGAGAGAUGUAUAGGACCAUCCUACCUUUCCCAAGUCCCUCCACUUCUAAACUUUAAAUGACUGCCAUCUGUGGCUUAUCAAAUUGGAAUACACUUUGGAGCUACACACAGUUUUAAAAACACUCUUGGACAAAUUGCAUUCUCCUUUAAGACUUAAAACCUAUUGGUUAUAAAUGGGAUAUUCCAGUUUUUCUCCUUUCCUUUUUCUGGGUAACUUUCUGUUGUGCUUCAAGAUAUUUUUUUAGUUUGACAUAUAUGCUUUUUUUUGUGUGCUAAAAAAGUGAAAUGUUAUUUUUUUGUAUCCUUAUUUAAGGGAAAGAGUUAAGGAAUUCUGUAUUCUCA